AACCAGAACCUCCGUUCCAAAUGGGCCAGUUGGGUGGGAGAGAAGCCGAAAUUUGUGUCCUCCGGCGACUCGAUGAAGACGAUCCGCAAACAAUUGCAGAAACUUGAAUCUACCACCAUCUUCUUCUUCUCUUCCAUUCCAUGGAAAAAGGAAGACCUCAAAAGGCUGUGAAUGCAAUAAAGCCUGCUCGAAAGCCCUCCCAAUCUUCGGUGUUGCCGAUAUCAUCGACUCCAUCUAGGAAGAAGAGACAGAUUCCGAGCUUAGUGAGUUUGUGUAUUGGAUUCAUCGGAAGGCAUUUUGAAGAUAUCAUCGAGGAUUUGGCUGAUAUUGCUUCUAGUUUCCCCCCUAAUAUUAAGAUAGCACUUGCAGCAGUUGCAAGGAGGAGGAAGUUGAUGGAUGAUGAUGUCAUCCUGGCAUUAGCUGAUAGUUCAUGGGAAAUCCUCGAUAUAUCUGGAUCUGAUGUUUCUGAUUUUGGCCUCUCGGAAGUGGUAAAGACUUGCAAAUAUCUAAAAACAGUAGAUAUAAGUUGGUGCAGCAAAGUCACAUGGGCUGGUGUUUCUGAACUCUUCCAUCAUAGUCAGUCUCUGGAAAUAUUGAGAUGGGGAGGGUGCUCAAGGAGUGAGGACACUGCACGCAGAUGCUUGUGUAUGCUGAAACCAAGCCUCAAAGAUGUAGAGGGAGAGUCUUGGGAGGAGGUUGACGCCUCAGAGUUAGCUCGCGGUGCCCAUUUAUUGCGAUGGCUAGUGUGGCCAAAGAUUGGGAAUGAUUCCCUGGAGCAUCUGCAAGCUGAAUGCCCUCGCAUCAUAGUGAACCCAAAGAACACCCUUUUUACUUUCAGGGGGCUUGAAGUUCCUCGCGAAGCAUUACCCGAUGUGGCAUUGGAUGAUCAGGUAGUUGAAGAUAUUGACCCAAAAACUUGGGAACUGUCCCCAAGGACUUCUUUCACACUGGUUCCAAGCCGACCCGAUGAACUGCCCAUUGCUGAGAAAUUCAGACUUGCAUACUUGGAAAGAGAUAACCGGCUAGCGCCAAAGCGGGCAAAGAAUGCCCGGCAAAGGCAACGCCGGGCUGAGAAGGAAUGGGUGAUGAUGAGCACAAAUGCGAAGGCGCUGGCUCUAGCCUCCCAAGCAACCAAAUCUUUGCACAUACGGAGCUAGCAAUCACUACCAAAUACCGACUCUCUACCCCUUGGAGCAAAGGUAAGGUCUCUGUACAUUUACCUUCCCUACACCCUCUUUCUGAUAGGGAUAUGCAUGUAUGUUUGGCUUGGUUUCAUUUACAGUUAAUUGGUCAAACUUUUUUUUGUUUGUUUUUUACAUACGCCCUCCAUGUCCAUAUUUUGGACAAUUGGUCAUAAUUUCUUUAUUGGAUAUGGAUAGUGGCCAACUAAUCUCGUACAAACAAAACUGAGUGGAAAACUAAAUUCAGACAAAAAAUAUAUAGUCAUGUCACUU